ACGUGGGCGGCGCCAAAUUCAAAUCUGCGGCCAUCUUGGCGGGAGGAAUCUGGCGGUCCUGGCGUAAGCGAAUCUCGGCCGAGGUCGCCAUGGCCCCCGGUGGCAAAUCUGAGUUACGGAAUGUGACAAAUUCUCAUUCUAACCAGCCAAGUAAUGAAGGUGAUGCCAUCAAAGUUUUUGUGCGAAUUCGUCCUGCUGAAGAGGGUGCUAGAUCAGCGGAUGGAGAGCAGAGCUUUUGCUUAUCUGUGCUCUCCCAGACCACUCUCCGGCUACACUCUAACCCAGACCCCAAGACCUUUGUAUUUGAUUAUGUUGCAGGGAUGGACACCACUCAGGAGUCUGUAUUCUCAACAGUGGCUAAAAGCAUUGUGGAGUCUUGCAUGAGCGGUUAUAAUGGAACCAUCUUUGCAUAUGGGCAGACUGGUUCUGGGAAGACGUUUACUAUGAUGGGACCAUCAGACUCUGAUAAUUUUUCUCAUAAUCUGAGAGGAGUAAUUCCACGAAGUUUUGAAUAUUUGUUUUCCUUAAUUGAUCGUGAAAAAGAAAAGGCUGGAGCUGGGAAGAGUUUCCUUUGUAAGUGCUCCUUUAUUGAGGUCUACAAUGAGCAGAUAUAUGACCUGCUGGACUCAGCAUCAGUUGGACUGUAUUUAAGGGAGCACAUAAAGAAGGGAGUCUUCGUGGUUGGUGCAGUGGAGCAGGUGGUGACUUCAGCAGCUGAAGCCUAUCAGUUUCCUUUUCCUAAGGUCUUAACUAGAGGCUGGAGGAACAGGCGUGUAGCAUCAACAUCUAUGAACAGAGAAUCUUCUAGGUCUCAUGCAGUCUUUACAAUCACAAUAGAAUCAAUGGAGAAAAGCAGUGAGACUGUGAACAUUCGGACCUCCUUACUCAACCUGGUGGACUUAGCAGGAUCUGAGAGGCAAAAAGAUACCCAUGCAGAAGGGAUGAGGUUGAAGGAGGCAGGUAAUAUAAAUCGAUCACUGAGUUGCCUGGGCCAAGUCAUCACUGCCCUUGUUGAUGUGGGUAAUGGAAAACAGAGGCAUAUCUGCUACAGAGACUCCAAACUUACCUUCUUACUUCGGGACUCCCUUGGUGGCAAUGCCAAAACAGCCAUAAUUGCAAAUGUUCAUCCAGGAUCCAGGUGUUUUGGGGAAACACUGUCAACACUUAAUUUUGCUCAAAGAGCAAAGCUGAUUAAAAACAAGGCUGUGGUAAAUGAAGACACCCAAGGAAAUGUCAGCCAGCUGCAAGCUGAAGUGAAGAGGCUCAAAGAACAACUGUCUCAAUUUACUUCUGGGCAGAUAAUACCAGAAAGCUUAUUGGCCAGAGAUAAAGAGAAGACUAAUUACAUAGAAUAUUUCCUGGAGGCAAUGUUAUUCUUUAAGAAAUCUGAACAGGAAAAGAAGUCUCUAAUAGAAAAAAUUACCCAGCUAGAAGAUCUCACCCUCAAAAAGGAAAAAUUUAUUCAGUCUAAUAAACUGAUUGUGAAGUUCCGGGAGGACCAAAUCAUGCGUCUAGAGAGGCUCCAGAAGGAGGGUCGAGGAAGCUUCCUGCCAGAGGAGCAGGAUCGCCUGCUGUCAGAACUGAGGGAUGAGAUCCAGACGCUUCGAGAACACGUGGAGCACCAUCCCAGACUUGCAAAGUAUGCUAUGGAAAAUCAUUCCCUCAGGGAAGAGAAUAGAAGACUGAAGUUAUUAGCACCUGUGAAAAGAGCCCAUGAAAUCGAUGCCCAGUCUAUUGCAAGACUAGAAAAGGCUUUCUCUGAAGUGUCUAGCACAGAGACAAAUGACAAAGGUCUGCAAGGAUUUUCUCCCAGAGCACUAAAAGAAUCAAGUUUCUUCAUGAACACGGAGAAGUUAAAAGCACAACUCCUGCAAAUUCAGACAGAGCUGAAUAAUUCAAAGCAAGAAUAUGAGGAAUUCAAAGAAUUAACUCGGAAAAAGCAGCUGGAAUUAGAAUCCGAACUUCAGUCUUUGCAGAAAGCAAACCUCAAUCUCGAGAGCCUUUUGGAGGCAACAAGAGUCUGCAGUCGCCAGGAAGUCUCUCAGCUGAGCAAAAUACAUGCUGAAACACUCAAGAUAAUUACCACUCCAACCAAGGCUCAUCAGCUUUGUUCCAGACUAGUACCAAAGUCGAGCCCUGAGAUGGAGAGCCUUGGCUUCCUGCACACACAGAGCUCCAGCAGGUUAGAUAAUGAUAUAUUAAAUGAGCCAGUGCCACCUGAGAUGACUGAACAAGCUUUGGAGGCCAUUUCUGAGGAGCUUCGCACUGUGCAGGAACAACUGAGUGUUCUUCAAGUGAAGCUGGAUGAAGAAGAAAGUAAAAACCUGAAACUUCAACAGAAUGUUGACAAACUCGAACACCAUUCUACACAAAUGCAGGAGCUUUUCUCAUCAGAAAGAAGUAAUUGGACCAAACAACAGCAAGGCUAUCUCACACAGCUGAGUGACCUUGAAAAGCAGCUCCAGGAUGCUCAGACUAAGAAUGAUUUUUUGAAAUGUGAGGUUCAUGACCUGCGAAUUGUUCUUAAUUCUGCUGACAAAGAACUUUCGUUGGUGAAACUGGAGUAUAGCACAUUCAAAGAGAGUCACGAGAAAGAACUAAGCCAGCUUUCUGAAAGACAUGUGCAGGUUCAGCUUCAGCUGGACAGUGCCAGAUUAGAAAAUGAAAAACUUCUUGAGAGCCAAGCCUGUCUACAGGAUUCCUACGAUAACUUACAAGAAGUAAUGAAAUUUGAAAUUGACCAACUUUCAAAAAACCUCCAAAACUACAAACAAGAAAAUGAAACAUUAAAGUCUGAUCUGCAUAAUUUGGUGGAGCUUUUUGAGGCAGAAAAAGAACGAAACAACAAAUUAUCAUUACAAUUUGAAGAGGAUAAAGAAAAUAGCUCUAAAGAAAUCUUAAAGGUUCUUGAGGCUGUACGUCAGGAGAAACAGAAAGAGAUGGCCAAGUGUGAAAAGCAGAUGGCAAAAGUACAGAAACUAGAAGAAAGCUUGCUUGCUACUGAAAAUGUUAUCAGCUCUCUGGAAAAGUCUAGAGAGUCUGACAAGGAACUUGUCACCAACCUCAUGAACCAAAUCCAGGAGUUAAGAACAUCAGCUGGUGAAAAAUCAGAAACCAUAGACACCCUGAAACAAGAACUACAAGACAUAAAUUGCAAAUACAAUGCUGCUGUGGCUGACAAAGAAGAGAGCAAGGAGUUGAUCAGGAGACAGGAAGUGGAUAUCCUGGAACUGAAAGAAACUCUUAGACUGAGAAUCCUCUCAGAGGACAUCGAGAGGGAAAUGCUUUGUGAAGAUCUGGCCCAUGCCAGUGAGCAGCUGAACAUGCUCACAGAGGCUUCACAAAAGCACUCUGGACUACUGCAGUCUGCUCAAGAAGAACUGAACAAGAAGGAGGCACUGAUCCAGGAACUUCAGCACAAGUUAAACCAGGAGAAAGAGGAAGUGGAGCAGAAGAAGAGUGAGUACACCUUGAAGAUGAGGCAACUGGAGCACGUGAUGGGCUCUGCUACUGAGUAUCCACAGAGUCCCAGAACACCACCGCAUUUUCAAGCUCAUUUGGCAAAGCUCUUGGAAACACAAGAACAAGAGAUAGAAGAUGGAAGAGCCUCUAAGACUUCUUUGCAGCACCUUGUAACAAAGCUAAAUGAAGAUAGAGAAGUCAAAAGUGCUGAAAUUCUCAGAAUGAAGGAUCAGUUGUGUGAAAUGGAAAAUCUACGCCUGGAGUCUCAGCAAUUAAGAGAGAAGAACUGGCUCCUGCAGAGUCAGCUGGAUGAUGUGAAAAGGCAGAUGUGUGGUGAUCAGAGUCAUCCAGACUGUCAGCAGCUGAAGAAUGAACAUGAAGAGGAUAUUAUCAAAGAAAGACUUGCUAAAAAUAAACUUAUUGAAGAAAUGCUGAAAGUGAAAAGAAAUCUAGAAGAAGUCCAGAAUGCACUUCACAGUAAGGAGAUGAUCUGCGACAGAAUGAGCGAGGAAAUUGAGCGAACCAGAACUUUGGAGUCUAGAGCAUUUCAGGAAAAGGAACAACUGCGGUCAAAGUUGGAAGAAAUGUAUGAAGAAAGAGAGAGAACUUUCCAGGAAAUGGAAAUGCUGAGAAAGCAACUUGAGUUUCUUGCUGAGGAAAAUGGAAAAUUGGUAGGUCAUCAAAACCUCCAUCAGAAGAUUCAAUACGUAGUACGACUGAAGAAGGAAAACAUUAGGCUUGCUGAGGAGACAGAAAAGUUGCGUGCUGAAAAUGUAUUUUUGAAAGAAAAAAAAAUUAAGGAAUCCUAAGGAUCCCAGCUAUCUUCAUACAUAUCACUUUGUUUAGAUGGAUUCUUUAAAAGUGAGAUUGUAUUUGUUCACAUGGUAGAACUAAACUAAAAGACCUUAAUUAUGAAUCUAAUCCUGAGUAUUCUGAUGGAUAUUCUGCAUGCAAACUCAGCAGACUGUUAAGUGAGUAACAAUGAAUUUCAAGUCACAUGUAAAUUCUGGAAGACACUUAAAAUAAAAGUCUGUAGCUGAGGUCUCUGGUGAAUUCUGGUCAGGUCCUUUUCUUCUUAGAUUUGCCUUUGGUACUCGCUGUGAAUCCAGUGGCUAUUUUGUAUCUAACUUGUUCAUACAGGUUUGUGUGUUUGUUUUGUAACUGUUGUGGCCAUUUUCUACAUGUCCAGUUUUUCAAAUAAAAUCUUUUUUAAAAA